AUGGAGGAUAAGCCAAGAAUUCCUGAAAAUCCAAAGACUUCCUUUCAUAAUUCUUUUAUGAUUCAGAAUGUUUUUAUUGGUGUUCUUAGGUUGAUGGAACUGAAGAUCCAAUUGGCGAUCCAAAUCUUGAUUGAUUGUGGAAUUCAUGCUACUAGGGGUUUAUCUAUUGGAAGUUUGGAUGAUUCUCCAUUGAAGAAAGAGAAGAAACAACGCGAGGAAACACGUGGGAAAUGGAUAACCAAUGCAGACAAAACAAGGGAAAAACAUAGCUCAAAACGCAAAAGCUACCAAAUAGGGAAGAAACGCUUACAAAGAAGGAGCUGGACGAGAAAGACAAAACACUAUUUGAGGGAAGCAAUACACCAGGUGGGUGAGGUAAUAGACAUUGAGAUGAAGAAACAUGAAGGGAAAGAGGGAGAGAAACAUAUGAAAGAGAUUGAUCUUGAUGAAUUCUUAAAGGGGAUCUUUGAUGGAACUCAUUACCUUCAGAGAAAUCUUCUUCCCACCCUUCAAUUUGUACUUGGCACCCCAAAAUACAUAUUCUUUUACCAUAUUAUCCUUGAACUAUUUUAUAUUUUCAUUCACAAAAACAAUUGUAAAAUAUUGAAUGUUUUCAAAAGCUCUCUAAUUUUCUGGAUUUUCAAAGACACUACCAGACAUUUGCGCUUAAUGACAAUGAAGAUUCGAGGCACAAAUGGUAUGAUUGUUGGUCGACGACGUGAUAGAGAUGUUGUGAGCGCUGGAGAUAUGAGAGGUGAUGUAGACGACUCGCGUCUUCGGGAAAGGAGAGUGCUGAAGAGAAUGGACAAGAAAUCAAGACCUAAUGUCAAGAACAUCCCUUCUGACAUCAGGAAUAACAAUGAGUUUCAGAGAAGAAUAAGAACAGAAGAAAGGUCCGAUCAAGGGUUGUAUGUUUCUUGGUAUGAUGAUGAUAACUCUGAAAGUGAAACUGAUGAUGAAGCUGCAAAACAUGUAACUGCCUUAACUGGAAGUUAUGAAUCUGAUGAAGAUUCAUGUGAUGAAGAAGCAGAAAAAGAAGAAUAUAUGUCUACCAUCUUUGAUCUUCAAGAUGAGGUGACUCUAUUGACUUCCAAACUCGAUAGCAUGAUAAAGUCUAUAAGAAUGUUGAACAGGGGUUAUGAUGUGUUAGAUAAAGUUAUGAAGUUGGGAAAGUAG